AUGCCGGACGAAGUGAAGUACUCGCUUCAACAUGAUGAGAAAGCCGUUUCCACGGAGAAGGGGAUGAAUAACCGAGUGGCUGCCGCACAGCAAAUGAGUUCGGCAGAGCUUGCUGCUGCAGAGAAGAGCUUGAAGCGUAAGCUCGAUGCCCGCCUCCUUCUUUCCGUAUGGAUUAUGUUCGUGAUGAACUACCUUGACCGGCUGAGUAACAACAUCGCUACGGCCAAAGUUGCUGGUAUUGCUAAGUCAUUGCACAUGACAAGCGAACAGUAUGCUACGGCAGUGGCUAUUAUAUUCGCUGGUUACGUGCUAAUGCAACUGCUAUCCAACAUCUUUCUAGCUCAGAUGCGUCCAUCAUGGUACCUCCCGGGUGUUAUGACCAUCUGGGGUAUGCUUUCGGCCCUAGUCGGUGAGACCCACAACGCCGGGGGAUUGUAUGCUCUCCGUUUCCUUCUUGGCUUUAUAGAAGCUGCAUUUUACCCCGGUGCCUUGUUCUUAGUCUCGUCAUGGUACCGGCGUGACGAGAUGGGUGUGCGCAGUGCUUUCUUGUUCUCCAGGUCUCAGCUGGGCAGUGCCUUUUCUGGUCUCAUCGCAGCCGGCAUUGAGAGCGGCAUGAACGGAGUACGUGGCCUCGAGUCAUGGCGUUUGAUCUUCAUUAUAGAAGGCUCAGCUACUCCAAGUAAUACUCGGUGGCCCAGUCCAACAGAGCGCGCAGUUGCUCAGUGGCAUCUUAUUGCUGAUGCCGGUCAGGUCGAUGAAGAUGAUGGUCGGUGGAGCUAUGGGUUUAAAAGUGCCUUGUCUGAUUGGCGAUUAUACAUCUUUGCGUUGACUUUCCUCUGUAUACAAGUGUCGAGCGCCACGACGAACUUCUUCCCAUCCGUGGUUCAGACGUUAGGCAUUAACCGCGUUGAUACGCUACUUCUAACUGUUCCGCCCUACAUCGUGGCGCUGCUAAUUUCGAUAGGAAACAACUGGUCGGCAGACCGAUUCAAAAACUCUUCUUACCAUAUCAUCUGGCCAUUGGUCCUCGCCAUCAUUGGAUUCGUCAUCGUUGCUGCUACACUCAAUACCGGUGCAAGAGACUUUGCGAUGAUCGCCAUGGUGGCAGGGGGCCACGGACCAAACGCCGUGCUUCUUGCAUGGGUUCAAAAGACAAUGCUUCGGCCACGCAUAAAACGUGCAUCGGCUGUAGCGUUCGUUAAUGCAGUGGGCAAUAUUUCCCAGAUCUUCUCCUCUUACCUAUACCCUGACAGCUCCUUGCCGAGAUACGUCCUCGCUAUGUCGGUCAACGCCGCAUUCAGCUUAGCAGUCAUUAUCCUUACAUUAUUUAUGCGAAUAGUUCUGCUACGUACAAACAAACGUCUCGCUCGUGGAGAAACAACCGUUGAACAAGAGAUGAAGGGUGGGAGUCAAGCUGAGCUGUUGGGAGUUACUGAGGAAGAGUGUGCUACGCGUAGGGAAGAGUUCCGCUUCAUUGCAUAG